AUGCCGGUAUCUGAUUGUCAAGAAAGUAGUACGAUUAACUCAAGUAGCUUUAAGAAUAUAGCAUCAAAGUUAAGAAUGAGUACAAUUUUGAUAAUCUAUACAUUCAUAAUUCUUGGAUUAAGCUUAGCAAUACUUAUUGGAUGUUAAAAGAUUCAAUUAUAAAUGGCUACUGAUUAAGUUUAAAUAAUUUCAGAAUAAAUUUUAACUAUACAAAAUAAAAAGUAUAAUGAAUUUAUAAAUAUAGAGCUCUCUCAAUUUAAUCUCAAAAUGCAAUGUAUGUAUUAUAAUUUGCAUUUUUUUUGAUUUAAACUAAGAUGACAAAAUUAGUAUCAAUGAAUUAUUAGAUGCAGAAGAUGGACCUUAAAAUUGGUUAAGAAAUUUAACAUUGUAAAAUUAUGUAAUAAUACAAUCGAUAUAUGUAAAUUUCAAGUAGUUGCUUUACUUUCAUAUCAAAUCAAAGUUUAAAAAAUGCAGAAACAAAGCCUUUUUUAAAGUUUGUUAAUUUGUUGCAUACUCUUUAAUUUACUUUUGAUUUCAAUAUUGUUUCUUAACAAAUAUAUAUAGUUUCCUUAACAGAUAAUUUAUUAACAGUUUAUUAUCCUACGAAACCAGAAAAUGAAACUGUUGAAGCUUUUUAGUAGCAAUGGUUUAUUAAUUACACUUCAGAAUUAUAAAAAACAAAAUAAUUUAUUCCUUUUAAAAUCAGUAGAUUAUUUCAUAUGCAAAAUUAUAAUUAAAUUUUGGCUACAUUUUCUAAUAUUUUGUUUGAUCCGAAAUUUUAAAUAACAGGAAUUGCUUCCUUAUUAAUCGAUUUUCUUCAAUUAUAGAACUUUUUGUAUAUGGAUAAAAUAAAUUUGAUAAUUGUAUAUGAAGAUGGAACACUUGUCUAUACAAAAUGCUUUUUUGAGCAUUAAAUUGAAAAUAUUUAUGAUCUAAUAUAUAAUGAGUCAUUAACAGGAUUUAAUAUAACAGAUUGGGAAGAAAUCAAAUAUUCCAUAAAUCAUACUAAUUAUCCAAUUUAUAAGUACAAUACAUUAUUAAAAUAAAAUGUUUACAUAAAGGCUUCUUAACUUCCUUAAACAUAAUUAAUUGCAUUAACGUAUUUAUAUUCAAUAAUUUAGUUUAUAAAAUUUUACAUUUGAACAAGAAAUAGCUUAAGUUUUAGAUGGUAAAAUUUAAUAGGUAGUGUCUUGGUACGCAAAUAUGAGUUUAUAUGCUGUUGUGAUUGACAUAAUUAUCUUAUUACUAACCAUUUUGCCUCUUAGGUUUUUAUUUCAUUCAACUAAUCUAAUUUUGGAUAUGAUGAUGAAAUAUUUAAAUGGAAAAUUUGAUUAUAAAUUGAAGGAUGACAUUUUCAAUCAUAACUUCUUUUAAUCGAAAAAUAAUUCAUUAUCUAAAUUGUAUGAAACCUUUUAAAAAAUCGACAAAACUCUUUAUAAUUCCUAGUUUUAAAAAUCUGAACAGUGUAAACUUAUUGAAGCUUUUCAAUUUGUGAGAAAUGAAAAAAUAAGUUUGAUUUACCCAAAGAAAAAAUUAUAGGAUAAGGAAUAAAUUAUUUCUUCCUAACUUUUUUCCUCCUUAACAAAAUUUUAGAAAGAAGAAACAUGA